AUGGGUCCGAGGACGCUAUCUCAGCCUAGCGUCCUGCAGGCCUCAUGGAUGUUGGUCACACGAACAAGCCCAGACCAAAGACGAAACCGGUCGCACCAACAGACAGUCCAGGGCUCCCCCAAGUCGCCCCACCUCCACCCAAACCCAAACCCAACCCGCUCGCUCGCUCGCCGCCGGCCGCCGCCCAGCGCCUCCGCCGACCCCUCGCUCCCGCCGCACGCCGCCCCCAUGGCGGAUCCCUACCGCUCGUACCUCCCGUCCUCCUCUCACGACAGAGUUCCACUGGGCGGUUAUCCUGGGUAUGUUCCACAUGAGGAAUCAUCCUAUUAUGCUUCAAAAAUGGCUGCUCUGCGAGGAGUACCAAAUAUACCUAGAGUUGAUGUACCAUUACAGUCAAGAGCUUAUGGUUUGGAUGUUCCAGCAGGCGUGAGCCAUCCUGCUUAUGGUUUGGAUGUUCCAGCAGGCGUGAGCCAUCCUGCUUAUGGUUUGGAUGUUCCCGCAGGCGUGAGCCAUCCUGCUUAUGGUUUGGAUGUUCCAGCAGGCGUGAGCCAUCCUGCUUUGGUUGGAUUGGGUGCACUGCCAGCUGGAGCUAGGCCGCGGGGACCUAGCCCUUUGGAAGACCCAGCUCUAGUCCAGAGAAGUUCUUCACUUGGCAAAAGUGUCAGUGUUUCAGAAGUUGAGCGCCCCAAACCCCUUUUGAUUGUCGAUCGGCCAUCAGAAGAUGAAUCCAACAUUCUUUUUGUUGAUGGUCUCCCAACAGAUUGCACCAGGAGAGAAGUAGCUCAUUUGUUCCGUCCUUUCGUUGGCUUCAAGGACCUCAGACUUGUGCACAAGGAGCCCAGACGUAGUGGUGACAAGGCUUAUGCUAUGUGCUUUGUGGAGUUCAGUGACGCAAAAUGUGCAGGGACUGCUAUGGAGGCUCUCCAAGAAUACCGCUUCGACGAGAGGAAGGCCGACGGCCCAUUCCUCAAGAUUCAGUUCGCAAGGUUCCCGUUCCGACCUCCGCCAUCCCAUGAAGAUCGAAAACGCCCUAGUGCUCGCUGAUCUCCGUCAUCUAUAUAUCCCCCCCUUUGCCAGCAGUGUAUUGUAGGCAGUGGGCCAUUGUAGAUCAGCUAUGUUCGUUGAGCCUGUAGUAGCAACCUGUGAUGGGCCGUUGUCAGCUGGAGAUUGGCUAGCUGGACAGACUUGUCUGAUACCCACCUGCCUCCCUUGGCACAUUCGCCGUGUUCCCGCGUCACAUUUUUUGCGGGUGGAUAUGCUGGAAAUGAUAUGGCAUUCGCCGUGUUCCCGCGUCACAUUUUUUGCGGGUGGAUAUGCUAGAAAUGAUAUGGCAUUCGCCGUGCUCCCGCGUCA